UCAAUCGCUGCGCGGGGUGCCUGUAACCGAUCUGCGCUCUGGCCCGCAGGUACUGACGGGGCGGGCCGCGCGCCGGCUCCGGCCGACUGCCGAACGUGCAGCCUACGGACGGCCGCCACCCGCCUCCGGGCCGGUCGGCGUGCGGCACAUCUUGCCCAGGGAGCGUCCGGCAGGUGGUCUGCUGAGCCGGCGCCGAAACUGCCCGGUCGUCCUCUGUCGCCAGGAGUUUCUGUGAUGGCCUGUGGAGGGGCUGGAACUCUGUUGAACUUCUACGGCUCAAACACAGGCUCUAACACACGGAUGCAUUGCUCCACUUCGAAGCCGAGAUCGGGAUUCGUCCAGAGCCCGCCCUUAGCUGCAGGACCACGCCGCUGGCCGUCAGUGCGCCAACCAGUGGGCGGCAGAGGGCGCCUCAGCCCGAGUCUCAUCCGAUCCCCAACGCCAGCCAACUCCGGGCGGAGACUUCGACUGGACAUCGCCGCCACCUGGGCGACCGCGCGCUGCCGGACUGGAGUAUCCCGGCAUGGACUAUCGCGCUCCCCAACUGGACUCUCCGGGUCGGACUGCGCGCUGCCGGUACAGUUCCGGACUGGACUGUCCCGCGCUAGACCGACCGAACUCCGUGACGGUCCGAGUGGCCGUGUCGCCGGAGCUCUGGGGACCCGGCCGGCGGCUGCGCGACCGGUCAGGACUCGCGGGGAGUCCGCUCCGUCCGCCGGUCGGUACAUCCCGCCAUCGGUACCCGGUGGUCGGUGCCAGGAACGUCGCCGUGUGGUGACAUGCAAGGGCUGCCAAGUGCGGCUUGAGCGUCUGGACCUGUUGAUAUGACCGGCCGUUGGUUUAAAAAAUAUAUUUUAAGUACAGCAAACAA